CAGUUCACACACGGGUGCCAGCGGCAAUUUUAGCGAUAUCGUGGAAAUAGAAUAUCAUAUCAAUACUUUAGAACACUAUUCUGUGCAUUCGUGUCACAGUGUCCGUUCUAUCAGCACAUAUUCGUUAUUGCAUUGCAUACUCCUUAUAUCUAUAUAUUUCCUAUAUACACAUUUCCAAGCCGACCUUAUACAGAGCUACGUGGGACAAUAUGGCUGUCACAGAAACAACCAAGUUGAGCUCAGACCCACCACCAGCGCAGAAGCAAGCGGACAGCUAUACAUACGAAGAAGUAUCAGUGCAUCACACAGCCGACGAUUGCUGGGUGAUACACAACGGCAGUGUAUAUGAUGUUACAGAGUUCUUGGAGGCACAUCCGGGAGGUCCGGAUAUAGUGCUUAUGAGCGGGGGCAAAGACAUAACAAAGAUCAUGAAAGAUCCGCACGAGCACGAGCAUUCAGACUUUGCUGUGAGUAUGUUGGAGGAUUAUAAGGUGGGUGCAUUGAAUAUGAGUCACGGUGAUUCGGAUAUACAUGAGAGCGAUGCUGGCCUGGGUGUUGCCGAUCCCGAUUUCUUAGACAUCACAAAGCCCUUGUGGUUGCAGAUGUGGAACAACACCUUCGAGAAAGACUACUACAUGCAACAGGUGCACAUUGCUCGACACAUCAAAGAUGGUUCACCGGCCCCUAUCUUCGGAGGAGUGCUAGAAAACCUUACUAUGACGCCGUGGUACAUGGUGCCUCUGAUCUGGAUCCCUGUGUCGAUGUACAUGUACUCGCUCGCCCUGCCCACAUUCGGUCCCGCUGCCAUGCUACCCUUGUACCUACUUGGCAUCUUCGUGUGGACGCUGUUUGAGUACUCAUUCCAUCGGUUCCUCUUCCAUAUAGACUACUGGCUGCCAAAUCAUCCGAAAGCGCUAGCGAUACACUUCAUCGCGCAUGGUAUCCAUCAUUUCUUGCCUAUGGAUAAACUCCGUCUGGUGAUGCCGCCGACGUUGUUUACCAUCCUGAUAGUUCCUGUGCUAAGCUUCUUCUUCUUAUUACGGUUACCUGAAUCGUUGAUCUGGGCCAUCGCCUCCGGUGCCGUUUCUGGGUAUGUCGGCUAUGACAUGGUGCACUACUUCCUACAUCACGGACGCCCCCCCACAGAAUAUCUGCGUAUGAUGAAAACGUACCAUCUCAAUCACCACUACAAGAACUGGGACCUGGGCUUCGGCAUUACUACCAAAUUCUGGGACCAGGUGUUUGGUACUGAACUAUUCGAUAACAAGGCUGAGAAGGAACGCGUGGCGGCUGAGCUUGCGCUCGCGGCCAGUCGAAGCGAUAGUAAGAAGGCUCAGUAAAUAGAAUCCAGGGCUUGUGAACAUUGUGCUGUGGUGCCGUACGGCUCGUUUUGAGGGCUGAGAUAGACUCCCUGCGAGCGUGUGCACACUCGGGGGUGUGUACAUAUGUUUAUAGUAGUUAGAGUUCCCUGAGAAGGCACUGCAGGACUGGUGCGACUCAAUUGUGUUGUACACAAUAAAGAUGAUAAACCCGGAGACGCCGCCGGCAGUAUGGUCAAUAUCAAAUUCUCC